AGGCAUUCAUCUUUCUUUUGUAUACUUCUCUUGCUCAAUUUUUUCAAUAUUUUGGCUGCAGAAACUUUAUUUCAGUUGCUGAUUUUCUAAACUUUUCAGCUUUAGCAUAUAAUAAUGAAGGCAAAAGAAGAAUUAGAUACAGCAAAGCAACUGUAUGAAGUUUUAAACAAUGAUCUGCAUGAAGAAUUACCUGCUUUAUAUGAAAGCCGAAUACCCUUUUUUGUGUCAAAUCUACAAACUUUAUUCUCAGCAGAAGUGGAUUUUCAUUCUGGAAAUUUCAAAAUGUAUACUCAACUCAGUGAUUUAAUGGAUCAGUUGGCAAUAGAAAAUCAAAAAGGAGUUUAUGCAGUUCGAAAACAUGAAUCACCUCUUUCUCAACAUUCAGUUCAAAAUGAAUCUGGUGAUAAUAGCUUUGAAGAUAAAGACCAUAGGAAUAAUGAAUCAAGUGGUGUCAUAAAUGGUGAAACUAGUAUUCACAUAGAAGAAAUGAAUAGUAGUAAGUCAAUUUUAUUUUUUAAAAACUAUUUUUUUUAUUUAAGUUUUGGAAAUAAACAAACUAGGAAUAAUUGUAAUGAACCAUCAGAAACAGAAAUAGUUGUUUCAGAAGCAAAAAAAAUUGAAGAAUUAUUUGAUAUUCCUGUAGAUGCAACAACAACAGAUUUACCAUCUGGUGUUUUAUAUAGGGUAAGGACAACUUAUAAAUACACUGCAGAAGAUGCUGAUGAAUUAUCUUUUGAUGCGGGGGAAAUAAUAGCUGUUAUUGAAUAUAAUGAUCCAGAAGAGCAGGAAGAAGGUUGGUUAAUGGGUUACAAAGAAGCAUCUGGAGAAAAAGGACUUUUUCCAGCAAAUUUUACAAAACCUAUUUAAGAGAGAUUUAUUUUUGGCAUUUAAUAAUAAUUUAACAAAACAAACCUUUUCAUUAUAAUUGAUUUAAUAAAGUCAGUUUUAAUUACUAUUUAUUAACACCAAAUCAAUCUUUCUUUAUCUGUAUUUUCAGAUUUAAGUUUGCUAAAGUUUUUUUUAUAAGACAAAGUAAAAUAAUAAUGAUAUUGGAAGUUUUUUUUUGAUGAUGAUGAUUAGGAGGAGGAGGAGGAGGAUGAUGAUAAUUUGAAUAUAAAUUGUAAUUUAUAUUCUAAAAAGAGAGUAUUUUAAUUAAUUUUUUUUUAAAUAUCUAUGUACUUAAAUAUUCUAACUUGAUAAAAAUUAAACAAAAAUUCGAAAAAUGUUAACAUCAAAGCAAUAUAUUUCAUUUGGCAAGGCAGCAUUCAUAGUUUUAUUUGUAAAAAAAUUGAAUUUAGAUAAAAUUUUUAAUUGAGCUAUUGUAUAUGCUUAUUUUCGUAAGAUAAACCUCUUCAGUCCGUCCUUUAGGAAACGGUUUAAACGUAAUUUAUUUGUUGAUUUAUGUUAUAAGCAUUUAAUUUGUCAUAUUAUAAGUUCUUUUGUGUUAAAAGUUUUAAAUACUAUUAGGAAUUUUGAUUCGGAAUUAAAUUUAUUUCAAAUUUAUUAACUGGCAUUUAAAAUUAAUCAUAGGAUUUGUACAGCAAUGUAAAAUACUUUUUAUAACAAUACAUGUAAUGCUAAACUACUAAUACCAUAACUUUAAGUUUCCAAUUAAUUUUCAUUUAUUUUUUCCUUUAAAUUAAUAUUUUAAGAGUCCUCACUUAUAUAUUACAUUUGUAGUAAAGAACAUUAGUUUUAUUG